AUAAAAGUAGUUAGCGCUCGAGUUCAUAUCAUUACCUUGCAAGCAGCAUAGCACUGUGAUCAAGAUGAAGACUCUUUUACUGGUCCUGUUUUUCGGAGCUUCCGUUGCCUUAGCAGAGUUGCCUUUUGAGGAUCCAGCUCUCGAUGAACUGUUAGAUGAAGAAGGAGAAGAAAUCGCUGGAGAAUUGGAACUGGAAGUGGAAAAUGAUCCCUUAAAGAAACCAAGUGGUCCUCUUUCACCCUUACCUUCGCUAAAGCCCAGUCGUCGUCCCAGUCGUCGUCCCAGUCGUCGUCCCAGACCUAGUCGUGGUCCCAGGCCCAGUCGUCGUCCCAGGCCCAGUCGUGGUCCCAGGCCCAGUCGUCGUCCCAGGCCCAGUCGUCGUCCCGAGCCAAGACCUACAAGGCCCAGUCGUCCCAAACGCGACGCUGGAGGAGAAGCUGGGUAUAGAACCAUGAACCACGUUACUUUAGUUUUUGUCAAAACACUGGUACUUCUUAUUUCUCUAGAAUACCCAAAUACUCCAGACACUCCAGUUUGUUUGUAUGGCUAA